UUGGCUCUCGGAGGUGCUUUUCUUUUUCUUUAUUAGGUGCAUGUGUCUCCGUCAUCGUCAUCUUUCCGGCAUUUCUCUAGCAUUCCCCCCAGGGUGUUUCAAUUUCCUUCCUUUAAACGACACGGGAUUCGUAUUCCAGCGUGGACUGUUUUCAUCGUCCCAGGAAUAAGUCACUGCUGCUGCGUCGUAUCGUAUCGUCGAAUCUUUGUGACCGGGUGCACUUGAAGCACGGAUCACGAGUUUUCUCUGGGCGCCAUUUCCAGAACGGGGCUGCGCGGGGUGCAAAAGUCGACGACGUUUGCAAAAGCCUCAAAGCGGAGCCGAAGCACCGCCGGCGUGGCCUCGUGCAAGAAGCCCCGUGUGUGUUCGGUUAUCUGAUCUCUUUGCGGGUCCCACUCCAUUGCCAAUUGCGGGCCGAAGACUCACAACCAAACGUCGUCCAUCGGAGCCCAAUUUCAACUCGAUUUGAACACAAGAGUCAACUCGUCGUGCAUAAUCAUGUCGUCCAGAUGCUGUGCCCGAGCCUUGUUGGGCCGCGGUUCUAGGAGGACUAAUGUCCGGCAUGGUUUUGCGACUACAUCCCGGCGCCCCGGCGCCGAUCCCGCCGCGUCCCGGCCCGUCGACUCCAACAAAACCUCGGGGUGGUCCGGCCUCAGGGUCUUAGCUGUGGCCGCCGGCGCUGGCACCGUUGGCUGGGGUCUUGCCAGCAUAAAUGGCCAGGGCGACGCAAAGGCUUUCUUUAGUGGAAAAUCUGCAUCUCGUUACGCGACUUUGCCUGAGAUGGAAGAGGCGAUCCGGAUGAUUGAGUCCGAGAUUGGCAUCGAGGACAUCAUCUCCACCGACGCAGAUGACCUACACGCGCAUGGCUUCUCGGAGUGGUCCUCGGUCAACCUGGACACGCUGCCCGUGGCAGUGGCAUACCCGCGAAAUACGGAGCAGGUGUCGACCAUUGCGCGCAUCUGCCACCAGUACCGCGUGCCCAUCAUCCCCUAUUCGGGCGGUUCCAGCUUGGAAGGCAACUUCUCUGCUCCUUAUGGAGGAGUUAGUGUCGACUUUGCCUACAUGAACGAGAUAAUCCAGUUCAACAAGGAGGACAUGGACAUUGUCGUGCAGCCCAGCAUUGGGUGGCAGGACCUCAAUGUCAAGUUGGCCAAGAUGGAAAGCGGCCUCUUCUUCCCCAUCGACCCUGGCCCAAGCGCCAAGAUUGGAGGCAUGAUCGGAACAAACUGCUCUGGAACCAACGCUGUGAGAUAUGGCACGAUGAAGGAUUGGGUCAUCAACUUGACUGUCGUUCUUGCGGACGGACGCAUCAUCAAGACGCGAAGGAGGCCCAGGAAGUCGUCGGCCGGAUACAACCUCAACUCGUUGUUUGUUGGAUCUGAGGGCACCUUAGGCCUGGUGACAGAAGCUACCCUUAAACUAGCCGUGGUUCCGGAACAGUAUUCUGUCGCCGUCGUAACUUUCCCUUCCAUCCGCGACGCCGCAGCGGCUGCCGCGGGUGUCAUGCAGACGGGCGUGCCUAUCGCGGCCAUGGAGAUCAUGGAUGAGGUGCAGAUGAAGGUGGUCAACCUGGGUGGCGCCACGGCUCCGCGGGUCUGGAAAGAGGCGCCGACACUCUUCUUUAAGUUCUCGGGCACCAAGGAAGGCGUUCGCGAGGCCGUCACGCGCGUGCAGAAGAUCACGGCCGCCAACAAGGGCGGCAACUUCGAGUUUGCGCGUGACGAGCGCGAGCAGGCGCUGCUGUGGUCGGCUCGCAAGGAGUCGUUAUGGUCGAUGCUCUCGCUGAGGAAACACGGCGAAGAGACUUGGAGCACCGACGUGGCGGUUCCCUUCAGCCGUCUUGCCGACAUCAUCGAGGUGAGCAAGAAGGAGAUGGACGACCUGGGCCUGUUCGCGAGCAUCCUGGGCCACAUCGGCGACGGCAACUUCCACGAGAGCAUCAUGUACAACAGGGAGAUCCCCGGCGAGCGCGAAAAGGUCGAGAAGUGCGUCAAGAACAUGGUGAAGCGCGCGUUGGACAUGGAGGGCACCUGCACGGGCGAGCACGGCAUCGGCUGGGGCAAGAAGGAGAGCCUGCUGUGGGAGGUCGGCCCGGAGACGUUGGCCGUCAUGGGCUCGCUGAAGGGCUCGCUGGAUCCGCGCUGGGUCAUGAACCCGGGCAAGAUUGUCGACGUGCCCUGGCUGCGCGUCCAGUAUCCGGGGUCGGACACAGCCGUGACCCCGGUGAGGAGACUCUCCAAGUGAGUUGGUGAUGGGCAUCGUGGUGUUGAAGAAAAAAGGGGCGACGGUUUGGUCCAGGGCGUAGUCAAUGGCGAAGGCAUAAUGAGGGAGGGCAAUUAGAAGUAUCGUGGAUAGAUUCACUUUUGCAUAAUGUAGUAGGAGUCAGUCAUGGUCAUUGGGGAGGAAUGGUAGCAAAUUGGCAUCUCGGUAUUGGGCACUGGUCUAGGGUAGGCGGCAUCACCAGGAACCACAACAUUCUCUCAAAGCAACGCAAAACAGGUGACGGUAAGGUUAGUAUGGUGAGAUACAGUGUAUGUUUAUCUAUGCUCGCGUACUUGAAAACAGGGUUGUCUAAAACCGAAUCCUCGGGGAUCCUGUACCUGGCGUUGUCAACCAUCCCUCUUGUUUUCCUAGGUUCCACUCAAGCACAACCACAUGGCCAUAGUUACAUCGCACAAUCCACCGGUACGACGGUUUGGGCCGAAACUAACUGCACCCGCCGUAUUGAGA